UCCGCAUCGAAGGGUAUAUUGGAUACUUGCUGAUCCUUGUAGCGCUCCUAACUAUGCGGCGGGAAUGGCGGCAUCUUCCGCCCUCUCUCCUUCUCCCUCUCUUCUUCCCUCCCUCUUUUCUCCCCGUUCUCACUCGCAUCCUGACCCUUGUCUUUCUUCCCUCUUUCGCCUCUCUUCACCCAAUGCAUCCCCUUGGCACCGGAGACAUCUUGCGAUCGUCUCCUCCACCACCAACGCGAGGGAGGCUUAUGGAAGCAAUGAUACGAAGCAGAAGAUCCUCGAAAGCUACGGCCUCGACCCGUCCGAUUUCAUCUCGGAGCGCUCUCGAAGGUCGAGGAGGAAGAGGAGGGGUGCUGAUAAUGCGGGGAAGGGGGAGCAGGUGCAUCAACCGCCCGAGACGUCGAAGCCUCCUCGCGCCACCCAUAAAUUGCUGCAGGUGCUAGGAGGAAAAGCUCGCAGGAAAAAAUUGCUUUCUCCAAAGGGUAUGGAUGUACGGCCAAUGAUGGAAGUUGUAAGGGGGGCAGCCUUUGAUAUUUUACAGGUAGCUGGUGGUUGUCCUGCUUCAUUAAGGCCAGGGCGCUGGUUAGACUUGUAUAGUGGCACAGGCUCUGUUGGAAUUGAAGCUAUAAGCCGUGGAUGUUCAGAGGUGCACUUUGUUGAGAUGGAUCCUUGGGUUGUUUCUGAAGUGUUGCAACCCAAUAUAGAAUGGACUGGAUUCCUUGAUGUUUCAGUGAUACAUACAAUCCGUGUAGAAAGUUUCCUAGAGCAAGCUGAACACUCCCUAGUUCAACAAAAAAUGUUUCGUACAGGUAAGUACAGAUCAUUUGAUUAUAUCAGUGUCACGCCCCCCUACACUUCAGUCAAUUAUGGUACGCUGAUGGAGCAACUUGGAAAAUCACCUUUGGUUGGAGAAGACUGCUUCAUUCUAGUGGAGUAUCCCCUCAAAACCUCAAUGGCAGAUUCUUGUGGACAUCUUGUAAAGAUAGCUGAUAGGCGAUUUGGCAGGACAAACUUGCUAAUAUAUGGGCCAGCAUGGGCACAAAAGAAGAGAACCAAGAAGGCCUUUGCUUAAGCCGAGUAAACUCAUCUAAAAAUUUGUAUCUAGAAGAGGAUUUUAAUGUAAAGCUUGUUAGUGAUUGAGAGAUAGCUUAAUGCUUGGUGAAGUGUCAGAUGUGAAGCCUUACAGUCUUCAAAGAGAUGGCACAACCUUCUAUCAAGCAAGCUGCUAGUCUUUCUUUUCUUCCCCUUGUGUCAUAUUGGCGUAAUUUUUCUAACCUUUUCCCCAGUUUUAGCUGGUCCUUUUAUAAACUUUAUUCAAGUCUAUUUCUGAUCCUUCUGUACGGAUACCUACAUUCAAUUAUUUCAGCUAUCUGCUAUCCUUUGCUUGGA